GCAGUUCCUUGAAUAAAAUGGCAAAUACCAUGGAAGUGGAUAUAAAAAACGAGGAUUUUGAGCCUAGAGAUUAUCAAAUAACGAUUAUGGAAAUAGCUAUCAAGAAAAACACUAUUAUAUUUCUGCCAACGGGUACAGGAAAGACCUUAAUUGCAGUUAUGAUAUUAAAACGAUUAUCUGAACCUCUACAAAGGCCUCUCAGUCAAGGAGGAAAAUUGAGCAUUAUGUUAGUUAAUACCGUUGCGUUAGUCGAGCAGCAAUCAAAAUAUUUACGCAGUCUGACCGAUCAAGAUGUUGGUGCGUACAGUGGAUAUAUGAACGUUGAUUUGUGGGAUGACAGCGUCUGGCUGGAGCAAUUUGAAAAAUACCAAAUUUUAGUUAUGACCUCUCAAGUACUAGUAAAUAUACUGCAACGUGCAAUACUGAGUUUAAAGGAUGUUAAUCUGUUAAUUUUUGAUGAGUGUCAUAAUGGUGUUGACGAUCAUCCGAUGUGUCAAAUUAUGUCGUUUUGUACUCAUUUGACCGACCCACCUCGUAUAAUAGGAUUAUCCGCUACAUUGUUGAAUAAGAAUUGUAAACCGAUCGACGUUUUAGAUGAAGUAAAAGUCCUGGAGAAAACUUUCCAAAGCAAAGUGGCAACUGUAGAAGAUUUGGAGUGUCUUAUUGGAUAUGCGACUAAUCCAUUAGAACGAAUAAGCGUAUAUUCACCCUAUACUUGCUCUACAGCCGAUAGUUUAGCAUUGGAUGAGUUAAAUCAGCUUAUAAGAAUAUUAGAAGAAGUGAAACUAGAUACCACUUUAGUUGCACCUCCGAAACCCUAUUUAAGACCACUUAAUACUGAUAAGCAUUGCAAACCAAUUAUUCGUUUAAUUUAUGAUAUUAUCUAUCAUAUAGAAAACUAUGGAGGGUAUUGUUCUAAAAUUGCCACAACUGCGCAUAUGAUUCAAUUAGAACGAAUUAAGAAAAAUUGUCAAGAUGACAAAGUAGAAGCGGUAAUUGAUGCAGUUAUAACUACUUUUGAAAUUAUACAAAAGAUAUAUGAUAAUGCUAUGGCAUCAUUAAAUAAAUUGGAACGUAUUUAUCGGUAUUCGUCACCACAAGUCAACAAGCUGUUCAACAUUCUGAAGGAAUAUAAAAGUAAUGCCAAAGUGUCGUUAUGUGGUAUAAUAUUCGUCCAACGACGUUUUACUGCAAAAGUUAUUUAUAAUGUACUGAAAGAGCUUAAGGAGCUGGAUCCCACUUUUUCGUUCAUUAAUCCAAAUUAUAUUGUCGGUUUCAAUAGUAAUCCCUACAAUGAGACACGUGAAGACUGCUACAAAACCAAAAUGAACAAGAUGGUAUUAAACGAUUUUAGAAUGAAGAAAAUUAAUUUAUUGGUUUCUUCAAAUGUAUUAGAAGAGGGAGUUGAUAUUCCCACGUGCACUUUAGUCGUACACUUCAGUGACAUCCAUAAUUAUCGAGGUUAUAUACAAUCCAAAGGACGAGCACGACAUACAGAUAGUUUCUAUUACAUGUUAGUGAGUCAAGAGGACCAUGGCGCUUUUAUGCAGAAAUAUCAAAUUAUGAAAGAAAUAGAACGUGUAUUAAAUUUGCAUCUUGUGGGAAAAAAUGAAGAACGAAAAGAUGAAAUUGAUGCAAAAGAAUGUGAUGACUUAAUUCCUCCUUACUACGUUGACGGUCCCGAUUCGUCAAAAAUUGAUUUAUUGACAGCUAUCCCACUUUUAUGUUUCUAUUGUUCGUGUCUUCCGGCAGAUAAAUACACCACUUAUGUUCCAGGAUGGUUUAUAGAGAUAUGUCCAGAAACGAGAAGGUAUCGAGUCACUAUAGAACUUCCACCUGUUAGUGGUAUUCUUCAAUUAAUUCAAGGACCUUUUAUGGAAACGAAAAAGUUUGCCAAAAGAGCAGCGGCGCUAGAAACUUGUAAGUUUUUACAUCGAUUGGGGGAAUUGGAUAACAAACUCCUCCCUAGAAGAUCCAUUGUAAUAGAAAAAGAUUUCGAUCAUUACUUCACUCAUUGGCCAACAGAAAAGGAGAAAAAUGCAGGGGGUACCAAAAAGCAGAGGGUACAUGACAAAAAGAUUCCUACAGUUUGCAAAGGGUUAAUAGUACCAAAAAAAACAGUAUACUUACAUGUAAUUGAAUUACAACCGCUAUUCUCCAGUAAUAGUAAUUUAGGGAUAGAGAUGCUAAGUGAGUUGUACAAAUCGCAGUUGUGUUACGGUCUUCUCUCCAUGCAAAAAUUGCCAAGACUCUGUCAGUUUUCCGUUCAUGUUACAGCCGGAGAGGUGUUAGUUAAUCUUAAUGUAAAUUAUAGAGAAGUUUGUUUAACGGAGGAAGAGAUUUUGCAUCUGAAGGGCUUUCAUUGUUUAAUAUUUAGAGACCUUUUACGGAUCUUAAAAUCAUACCUAGUAUUGGGUAAUGACGGCGAUAACGAUGGGUUGCUUCUUGUUCCCGUUAAGAGGUAUGCAACACACGUUGAGAUCGAUAUGGAAACUGCUAUUAAUAAUAAGGAAUUGAUUGAUCAAAAAACUCCGCUGACGGAUGAAGAAAAACUCUGCUUGGAUGUCUGUGAUGAUAAUUACCGUCGUAGCAUCGUAACACCUUGGUAUCGUGCUGAUGAUCAGCAAUAUCUGGUGAUUCGAGUUUGUGAGGAACUAAAUGCCUACAGUGCCUUCCCAUCAGAGGAAUUUACCACAUACGCCGAUUACUUCAAUGCAAAGUACCACCAGAACUUACUCAACGGAGAGCAACCCCUGCUUUUAGUGAAGGGUUUAUCCAAAAGGUUAAAUUGCAUUAAACCUCGUCAACUGUGCAACAAGAAAAAAAGGGAGAAGAUUUACGAAGAUCUCGACGAACAUCUCAUUCCCGAGCUCUGUGUAAAACAAGACUUCCCCGCCGAUCUGUGGCUGCAAGCAAGGCUAAUCCCAACAAUUCUCAACAGAAUUCUCUCACUAUUGCAAGCAGAUGAACUUCGACUUACAAUCGCCAAGGAGACCGGAUUAGGUACACGGGAAAUAGCGGAAGGUGAAAAAUGGGCUCCUCUAGUGUCGGAUGAGCACACACUAAUAGAAGAAGCUGAGGAGGACAAUCAAUCAAAAAGAUCGGAAACACCUCAAGAUGAAAUGGUGAAGAAUGAUUUUGAAAUUCCCAUGAUAGAACUUGUACAAGAUUUCGCUGAAAAAAAGCUGCACGCCGAGUACCCUUGGGAUGCAUUAGAUGAACCUAUAGAUUUAGAACGUUACCAUAACGUAACAUUAAUGGACAUACAAUACUUUGACCAAUUUAUGUCACAUACUUUAUCUACAGAUUAUCACAUACAGACAAACAACUUAGCUAGUAAAAGCACCCUCCCAGCGAUAAAAUUUGACAAAGAGUACGUUUACAAGGAAAUAAAAUUUUUAAAAUCCAAAGAAAACGUAAGAGGUCCUGAGUUAGUCGACAUAUUUACCGCGUUAGCCACAGCAAAAAACAAUGAUAUCGUUAAUUUGGAACGGUUAGAAACCUUGGGCGACUCAUUUUUAAAACUUAGUAUUUCUCUAUUUCUGGUACUGAAAUACCCAACAUAUAAUGAAGGAGUUUUAACAAGUCUCAAGGGGAAAUUGAUUAGUAACAAAAAUUUGUUUUACAUUGGAAGUAAAAAGGACAUCGGUGGAUACAUGAAAGUAUCCGACUUUACUCCAAAGUUCGAAUGGAAACCGCCUUCAUUUACCAUUCCAAAAGUCUUAAAAGAUAGGCUUAAUCAGACAGUAUCCAUUAACUCGCUUUUUCAAGUCAAUUUUACAACCGAGGAACAAAUUAGCGGUAUCUUAAGCAGCUCAUCGGGAGAUGAGAUUAUUGCAAUGAAUGAUGAUAUAGAUGCAGAUGAUGAAGAAGUAGCGUAUGAUUCUAUCAAUGGAUUUUUAGACAAACAAACUGUUAAGGAUAAAUCGAUUGCCGAUUGUGUCGAGGCACUUUUGGGAGUGUAUUUUCAAACGUUUGGGUUUAAAGGUGGAUUAACUCUAUUAAAGUGGUUAGAAAUUAUUCCGCAGUCGGAGAAUAUUGAAAACUUAUUCCAAAUGACGCCGCCAAAUCCAAUUCUUAAUAAAAAUGCCACAGAAAGUAAUAUCAAUCAUCAUAUUCCGACUUGGAAAAAAGUAGAAGAAAAGUUACAGUACAAAUUUCAAAAUCGCGCGUACUUACUUCAAGCCUUGACGCAUUCUUCUUACACCUCAAAUCGCAUUACGAAUUGCUAUCAAACGUUAGAGUUUCUGGGAGAUGCCGUAUUAGACUUCUUGAUAACCUGCCACAUAUAUGAAGCUUGUGGAGAUUUAAGUCCGGGCGAUCUAACUGACUUGCGUUCUGCUUUAGUUAAUAAUGUGACGUUCGCGAGUUUUACAGUCAGAUGUGGAUUUCAGAAACAUUUGCAAUUUUCUAAUAAUCAAUUGUUAAAAUACAUAAACACUUUCGUGGAGCAUCAAGAGUCAAAUAAUCACACAAUCAACGAGGAGGUUUUAACCUUGAUAGACGAAGAUGAUCUACACUUAGGAGAUCACAUUGAUGUUCCCAAAGUUCUAGGAGAUGCGUUUGAAGCUUUAAUUGGAGCUGUAUUUUUAGAUAGCGGAAUGUGCCUCGAAACUGUAUGGAAAAUCGUACAUCGUAUUAUGUGGAAAGAAAUUGAGCUAUUCUCAAUAAAUGUUCCGAAAAACCCGAUUAGGAUGAUCCAUGAAACUGUCGGGGCUCAUCCAGAGUUUGGAGCAUCUAUGAAUCUUGACGAUGGUCGUACUCUAAUGAAGUUGGAAUUUAUGAUAAAUGGUGCUAAAAAAAUUGUCCACGGAGUUGGAGAGAAUAAAGGACUAGCAAAAAAAGCAGCUGCGAAGAUCGCAUUACGCUUCCUUCACAAAUGAACAGGAGAGUUUUUUGUGAAGAUUUAUGAAGACUAAAUUUUGUUAAUUAAGUUUUUUACUUUUCUAUUAUCAUGGUUAUAGACUGUAUACAGUCGCAAAGUACUGAAAUUAUAAUUAUAUGUAUAUUGGGCAAUAACUUCAAAUGUUAUUCAUAAUAAAGCAAUUCUAAAAGAAUA